CGGCUUGUUUCCGCCUCCCCAGGAUGUGUGUGUCUGCCGAGAACUUGCCGAGAGCCUCCAGUUUGAUGCACGACGGAUGGCCCCUCACCACCCCAAUCAGCAUCGAAACGGCAGCCUACCUUGUCGCUAGAUCUUGGUACCGAGCCCUGGUGCCAAUCCCGGCUCGUGAGGCAAAGCAUGGCGUCCCACGCUUUGACUGGACCCGCGCAGUCACCGCCAUCGGCUUUGUCGCCCUCACAACUGCCUCGAUUCGCUCGCCUCCCUCGCCUCCCCGCGUGCCAUACUUGCUCGCAGAAGAAGAUCAAGUGCGACAACCAGCGCCCGUCAUGUGCCAAUUGCAGUCGUGCAAAGGAGCAGUGCUUCGUCUACAACUCCGUGACGAAGCGGAUGGUGUCACGAUCCUACAUCCAACGCCUUGAACAAAAGCAAGGGCUUUCGCCACCCUCCGAGCAUGCCUCUAUCAGAACCCCUAGCUCUGCUCAGGGACUACCUCAAGAUGCACCGUCCGUCCCGUCGAUGAGCAGCUCGUCUACGGUGAUGAACCGCGGUGGACUCAGUUUCUUGUCUUUGCUUUUCUCCGAUGGUCGCUGGAGGAAGUCGAACGCGGGCCUGCUCCGGGAAUUAACGAAAGCAUCUGGCGAGCCUGAAGCGACUCACAAGCCUUGCUCUUUACCGUCGGCAACAGAGGGAAGCUCUCUUGUCGAGCGAUAUCUCAGCUGGGCACAUGUAAUGGGGCCGUUCCUUCUUCGGCGAGAGGUGUGGGAUCUUCACUCCCGCGUCUACGUAGAUCAGAGCAACGGCAAAGCACCCGACACAGGAGACUUGUUCCGGAUCUUCAUGAUCUAUGCAUUGGCCUCCAUUAUCCCAUACCGUAAAGGCCUACACCACCAGCAUCCGGAGGGCUACUACAUGGCAGCUCUUCAGUAUCUAGACUCGAGCUUCCUCGCAUGGGGCAUGCGGUCGCUCGAGAAUCUGCUGCUCAUAUGCCGCUACGGAAUCUACGAAAAUAUUGGGACGUCCAUAUGGGACAUCGUGCGAUUAGGUGGCCGCCUCUGCAUCGAGCUCGAGCUCCACGCUCAUGACGGACCGGCAAACUUGCCACUGAUAGAAAAGCAGCGACGGCGCCGCGUAUUUUGGAAGUUCUAUCUCCUCGACAGAUACUGUUCCUCGACCUUGGAUCGGCCAUUCGCCAUAGACGACCGUGAUAUUCGUAUCGGUCUCCCUGCCGACAUUGACGAUCAUCACCUCGAAACAUGGAACGGGCCUUUCCAGUCCCUUGAUUCCGUGGCAAUCCCUCAAGACCCAUCUGUGGCCACCGAGACCACAGUCCUUCUCAGAAACGUCACCCUUCGGCGGGUUUCGUCCCGUAUACACACUGAAUUUUCCCAUCUCCGAGAGGAGUGCACCUCGGCAUCUCUGCAGCCUCAUCUCACUAUUGGUCGCAUCUAUAUGGUCCUCAACCAGCUGCUCGAGGAUCUUGAAGUCUGGCGCGCAGCGGCGCCGGUCAUUGCGAACCCAGCCUGCGUAUACCACUUGCCGGACUGGAACAAUUUCUUGUAUGCGCGAGAAAAGCUAUAUCUUGUGCGGAGGGCUGUCGAUCUCGUGCCCCGCAGGGACGGUGUUCUCCCCAAGCAAUUCUCUGCCCACCUCCUGCACGCCGCCCUGCAGGUGAUUGAGCGGUAUUCGACCCUUUGCCAGUCCUCGCUGGUAACACACACGCGAAACUAUUUCCACAUGAUGUUCACGGCUGGCUUGUCUGUCAUCUAUUGCAUUUCAUCCAAGGCUACACUGUCGUACAAAGAUCUGUCAGCCUCCGCCCAGGGCCUUCGCGCCUGCGAGGCCACCCUCACAGACAUGGCUGCCAAAUUGGUUCACUCCAAUCCGUACGUGACCGUAUACGCGGCACUGCAUCGCGACGUGUCCCACAAGAUCCAGCAAGCUCUGGUGGAAAGCAUGGGAUCGUCGAGGCCGGGCAGCGCCCCUUCCUCGCCGAAUGGCUACAACGCGGAUCGCCACGAAGAUACAACACCGGCUCAGAGAGUCUUGGACGACACGAUGGGAGCCCCUGUCAGCAUGCUGUUGGCAGAGGAUGUCCCGCUGCAUAGCGCUCAGCAACAUGUGCCAUCUACCGAACCUUUCGACGGCGUUCAUUCCACAGGAGCAUUCGCCAUGACCGGUCCGCUGCAGGUAAACUUCAGCCUGCCCGCUGGAGACGUUGGCGAAACAAUGUUUACUGUAGGCUCAAACGAGCUGAACACGCUCAGCGACGAUCUGUUGCACUGGACACGCACGGACGAUUCGACGCUGUGGAACAUGGACAACACCCUGUUGGACUACAUCUACGGAGAUCCAGACUCAUUUGGGCAAAUCCCAAACACGUUCUCGGGCGGGUUCUGAGACUGUCCCACGGGGCCUCAUGGAGCAAGUUGAACUAUAUAUAAUUAAUCCUGUUGAAUUCUGUGAUUGCCUUUUCCCCUUCUCUAUACUGUAGUGUCCUUCUGGAUAAAUUGAAGGAGGUUCUCGGCAGCCUUCAGGCCUGCAGCUCUUUGAGAGUCUGCGGUUGUGCCAC